UCAAUGUCAAUAGAGAUAAACAAAAAAAUCACCAGCAAAUUUACAAAAAAUUUUAUAAAUAAAUCUGUACUUUUCCAUAAAAAAAGUUUUCAUUCUUUCUUUAUGGCUAAUCUGCCCACCAUUCCUCAACGGAAAACUUAGUCAUCACCGAUAUUAAUUAAUAACCAAAAUAGUGCUGAUGACAUGAAUUUUUCUUCUGAAUUUGCUUUGGGGCGUCAAAGGUGCAGGACAUGGGUGUCUCUUAUUACCCAACAACUUCGUCUCCGCCAUGUAUACCAAAUUUGUGUCUACAACUUGGCAGAGGACAAAAAGGCCCUUUAUUACUACACCUUACACAGUACCCUAAUGUGUUCACCCAUUUACACCAGCGAAAAAGUCGCCGGAAGGCACCUCAAGUGGAACGAGCUGACUUUUCUGGAUACAUCUGAGGCCAGCUCCACCUCUGUGGUGUUUCGUUUAUGGAAAAGCACCAAAAAAGGGGACGAAAUUAUGCUUACUUGGGGAGUAAACUUCUCGGGGCUGGUAUGUCUUGGCAAUAAAAUUGCAGACCUGCAGCCUAAAUAUUUUAAAGUUAAUUCUGUGAUAUUUAUUAUUCAAGGUGUAUAUUUUACUAGUCAACAUUACAUUAGACAUGACCUAGAUAAACCUUUACCAUUCCAAAAGAAUCUAAAUCUAAUACAGACUCUAAAAGAGGAUCCGGUUGUAUAUAGGAGGGUGGGAGUUAAAGUGCCAAAGGGUGAAGUUGCUAGUAGUUAUUCUUUAGAUAAGUUAAGGAGGCUACAAGAACUGCAAAGACAAAUUAAAAAUAAGAGAACUGAAGUGGAACAUGUCAAAGAGAAAAUUAAAAGUUUGAGUGAACGAGAACAAAAACAAGAAGUGUACUCUUCUAAAGACCAUCACAACUCGAUAAGAUUUGCACCUCAAUUGUUAACAAUGAACAGCCUGAAUAAAAUGUUGCAUGAGAAACCCACUAAGGCAGAACGGGAGCUUAUGACUCAAAUUAUGAAGAAAAUGGAAGUUUGUAGGUUUAGGUUGAGGUUGUUGCAUGAAGAGAGAGAUAAGAAGAGUAUAAAUAUAAGAAAACUGAAACAGAAACUGACUGAAUUAGAAGAUGAAAAUGAAGAGAGGAAUUCCAACCUGAUGUCACUUUAUCAUACUUUAAGUAAGGAAUCUCAUCAGUGGGAUGAAUAUAGACAUCGAUUAAUGGCGCGCCGAGAAAGAUUACUAAUGUUAAAUGACCAGUUAAAAAUGAGACAAGCAGACCUUCUGAAAGAGCUCCUUUUUAUUUAUCCCAUUAGCAAAAUACCUAAAGAGAAUAAAUAUACUAUGCUUGGCAUACAUUUACCUGACUCAGAAACUUUAAUAGAUUAUCAGGAUGCAGGAGUUUCAGUAGUUUUAGGUUAUAUAUGUCACAUACUAAUGAUGUGUUCAAUAUUUUUGCAAGUGCCUCUGAGGCACCCAGUCAAACAUUAUGGUUCACGGUCAGUGAUUUAUAAUCAAGUCUAUCCUGAUGUACCUGAUAAAGAUAGAGAAUUCCCUUUGUAUAUAAAAGGACGGGACAGAGCCCAUUUUAACUUGGCAGUGUUUUUACUAAAUAAAAAUAUAAGUCAGCUAAGAUGGUACCUGCAUAGGAAGAUAACUGUGGAUUUAAAAGAGACCUUGAAGCAUGUUAGGAGCUUAUUGUUGGGCGAUGAUGUGCCCGAUCCUAGGCAACAUUAUAGCCACCAUUUACACUCAUCAGACAAACGCCUUUCCACUAGACCAUCCACUUUGACGGGUGACGUUUCCAUGGCAGGUGACGACCCGGUGUCUUCUUUGGAUAAGUUGGUUAGUCCGUCACUUUCUACCAUCUCGAGUACUAAUUUACACGAUCCGUUACUAGAUAGGAUCCAUCAGGAGUUAAAGGAGGAAAUGCGCCAUAACAGCCGAAGCAGUCGUGCUUCGACCCCGAGUCCUGUCAAGAAAAAAACGGGAAUAUUCAGGUCCAACUCGAAACCUCGAAAAAACGAUAAGGAGUCGAAGGAAUCGGGUGAAGCCUUGGCGGUACCGGAGGCUUAUUUGAACCGACAAAUCAGCAAAGACGUAUUUCACAGGUGCGCCUCCGAAGGGCAUAAAUUAAUAAGAAAUGUUGAGGUAUUUGAGCAAAAAGAGAUUAAAAUUGGGGAAGGAGUUGAAGAUUUAGCCAGUAGUAAAGAGUAUAACCAUUCUGAUUCUAUUGAAGAAGGUACAGAUCCUCUAGACCCUUCCGUAAACUUAGACGCCCUAAUAACGAAAUCCAUAGACAUAAAACAGCCAAAACCAAUUACUGAGACCAGAAUAAGUCGAUCUGUAGAUACCUCAUAUACCCACGACAGUUAUUUCCAAAAAGCCAAUCAAUUAGAAAAGGAUGUCGCAUCAGUUGGGACAAUCACAAAACUGGCCGUGAGCAGUAGUCCUAAAGAAGGGAGUCUACAGCAUUGGCUAAGCGGCCAUUGUAGUGACAUAACGUUUCCAGAAGAGUGCCUCCAUAUGUCCCUACAGGAUAUUUCUAAUCCAUUGACGGAACGUACGGAUCGAUUGUUGUCGACCAAUCAAUCGUUUAAUUUCGUAAAACAUAGACCGGCCGAGUAGUUAUUAUUCUUGCUUUAUUGUAUUUGAAGUUAAAAGUUGGGUUAAUAAAUGAAAAUGUUGGACACCAAA